CGAAAACAGGAGAGCUUGAACUGAAAACGUGAACUGUGACCUGAGCUUUGGCAGUCCGUCAGUGAGCUAGGGCCAUGUGAUUUGCUAGCUAUACACUCCCACUUGAUUUUAUCAUGUAUCACACCGUACAGAGACCAUCAGGCUUUAAAUUGUAACAGUGAUAAGGGAUGUCUGAACUAGCUGGGAACUAUGAGACUCUAUGACAUACUAUUACAUGUAAUGCGGUCCACAUGAGUGUAAACACAAAACACAUGGCUUUUCCUCAGUGGGAGGGGCCACUGACCUUCUGACCACAACCUGACUUAUCCUCAGCUCUGGGACAGGUGGUCAGGAUGCUUAAUGAGUCGCAGUGGUACACGCAGGUGGAAAGGGGGGGACAGAUGGAGUACUUUGGCGAUGUCCUCUCGCCCUAUCUCUUCCCUGAUUAUGCCCAGCAGCAUCCCUGGAACAAGGCUUCCACCUGUGACAAAGACUUCAUCCUCAUAUCAGAGUUCUGUGAACAAGAGGGACCCAAACCUUUAAUUACCAUUCCAACUGAUGAGGGCAGCGAUUUUGACAAGAAUGAGUUUGUUGUGAGGAUCAUGGCUGUAGAUCACCAGGCUUCUUCAGGUGGCUUUACCAUGUCUGAAGAUACACAGGUUGUCAUGACAGAGUUGAAGAAUGGGACAUAUGCUUAUGUGCAUCACUUCACGUUGUUUGACCAUCAAGCUAGAGGAUUUGUCAGGCCUUUCUGUAUGACAUACGUCACAGCUGAUCCAAGGAAGCUGAUGUCAUUCUUUGAAGAUCUGUGUUCUGAGUUUAAUAAGGUUUCUCGCUACUUCAAGUAUGGGAAUAAAAUUGUGUUUGUUAAAGAUCUGGCGAAUCAUUUGAAGGACCUUCAGUACACACGAGAUCGUGUGGUGGAAGUUCAGGCUCAGCUGGCAGAGAAAGGGGAAGUAACUCUGGAUGCAGAUGAGAGGUUCCUGAGAGAUUUCACCCUGGAGUCGGUGGAUCAGGCCAUACAGGAAGUGAAGGAUAUUCUAAGACAAGUCCAGCCUCAACUGAAUGACAAGAGACUAGAGGAGCGAUUCAAACGCCUGGAACAAAAGGCCAUGUCCAGCCGACACCAGAAGAUGACUGACUUGUUUGAGUCUAUCAGCCUGAGAGGAGAGUCAGACACAGUGUCACCACACAAGCCCACCCGAUCUUCUGGAUCUUUCACAUACAGUGGAUCAUAUGAGAUGGGGGAGUCAUUUCUUCAUCAAAACCCUAACCAUAAGGUGAAGCUUGUAAGACUUGGUCGAAGGAGGUUUGAAGAGGCAUUGCGAGGGUUACAUGAACUUUGUCAGUGGGGGGCGAAAGAGGGGCUUAACAGGUUACGGUCAAUUCACAAGUACUUCAGUAGAGAUUGUGCAAUACUGGAAAUAGAGAAAAAUGAAUCUACAUUGAUAGAUCCUCACUGCUCCCUACUGACACUGGGCAGAUGUGUGGCAGCUAACUUUCUACAUGACAUUGACAUACAGUGUGCAGGAGCCUUCUGGUCCCUGGGGAUGGGGAACAGAGAUCAAAGGUUACUUCACCCCACCAGCAAUCUGCUGAGACGCUGGCUUUCUAAUGAUACCCUGGACAGUUACAAGUCUCUGGACUCUUUCCUUUCAGUCCAGGAUGAGGAGGGGAUGAUGUCAGCCAAGUCCAGCUAUGAACCAGCAUUUGUCAUGGCCUCUGCAAGGGUUGAGGAAUCUGGAAUUAAAGGAAAUGGUCACUGUGACCUUGUGGAUAAUCAUUCGGUGAACUCGUGGGUAGAUAUUCCUUAUCCAGUGUGUGAUACGCUUACUGAGCAGCCUGACAUACCAGGAGUUAAGUCUGAAAUUCCUGGAACUCAGGCUGACAUGACAGCAACAAUUCAUGAUAUCAGAGGAACCAAGUCAGAUGACAUCGAUAUCAAAUCACAUAUCAAUGGAACCAAAUGGGAUAUCACUGAAACUACUUGUAAGCCUGAUAUAGCAGGAGAUAAUGUUAGAAUGAGUAUAGGUGACAUUCCAGGAGAGAAAUCAGAAAUUAAAAUGGAAAAUAGUCAUAUAGAUGAUGGGCCUGAUUUUGAUUCCACAAAAGGAAACAAAACAGUCUUACCUGCAGUUGACAUCUCUAAUGUGCUCUCGUUUGAUGGACGAAUAUCUGACGAUGCCAUGACAACAAAUGGUCAGGCGAGAAAAAGUGAAAGUCCGAGUUCAGCAAUGCUGGAAAGUGCAAUGUCGUGUUGCAUGUCGGACACAAGAAUGACCACGAGCGAUUCUGGCAUGGACAGCGAGGCGCCCACGCCUUCGGACAUCGGGGCAGAAUUCCGAAUCCCGGACUCAAAGGAUAGGGGUAAAGCAUGGGAUGUCUCGUUUUCUGACAUUCAUGCUGACAGCGGAAUAUCCACGAUGAAGACAGAAGAUCAAAAAGCCAGGUCCAGCUUUGAUAAUGAAAGUGAAAGUUCUGGGCAAACUCUGACUGAUUCACAGGGAGAACUUCAACUAAAUGGUGUUUGUGUGAGUGAAAUGAACAGACUAAGGAAAUCCACAGACUCUGGUAUAGAGGGAGAGUCAAAACUAGAACUAAGCCCAGGUGUCCAGGAGAUGGAGCGUACCUGUACAGUCUUACAGGUAGGCGACCAGCUUACCUGUGACGAGGUACAAACACUGGCUGCCUGGCCUGGGUCAGUUGUGGAUGGCAAAAGUCUCUUAUCAAUGGCUGUGAAUGCCAGCUCUGGAUCUUUCCUUGAACGUAUCAAUAGACCUGACACAGCCUCCCAGGACAGUGCAAGUGACAUUGAUGACACUGCUACUCUGCCAUCAGACUCGGUCAGGAAAAUCAAAGUCGCAGUGUUCAGUGCUGCAGAUCAUGUGUGCAGAAUGUCCUCAGCAUCCCCAGGUCACAAGCUGCUGAAGAUUUGUCAGCUGUACAGUCAUCUACACAGUGUGAUAUACUCCCUGCUGAGCGGCAGGACAGUGGUCAUUCUGGGCAGUGUGAAGAUGGAGAGAGAGGUGCGCGAGAUUGUCACAGCAUUGGAGCUGUUCUUACCAGGAUACUCCAGCACAUUUGAGUCUGUUAUUCCUCUGUACCACAAACCCUUGAGGCUACCAGAGGUCAUCAAGUACAAACUGAUAGGCCUGUGUCGACCUGAAAAAAGAUCCUUAGAUUAUAUGGUCCCUAACUCAGUCAAGCAUUAUUUAACAAUAUUGGAUGUAGAAAAGAGAUACAUCAUGUCCCCUCUAUACCAGGGUCAUUAUGUGAACUUAUUGCUCAACCAUGUCAGCCAUUUUAAAAGUGAGGAGUCCUUCAUAGCUUACCUGCACAGUGUCUUACUAGAGAUAGCUUCAGAAGCCUUUGUCUACUAUCACCUGUUUUGUCUGAGCUCGUCAGGAAAUAAAAGCAGAGGCUCCACGCCAACAGUACAGUAUGAGAACUACAGGAAGUCCUCGUCAGCGACUUGUCGUAAGCUGGGACUACAGGACUGUGAUGCACGCAUUGUAGAGUAUUUGGUAGAACUGAUCAAACGACAACAGGUAGAAGAGUUUUUCACCAAAAUGAACCUUGAACCAGAAUUUACAGCUCCCACUCUUCGCCACUCAACUGAAAGUUCUCAAAUUUUUAAAUGCUGACAAAGUGUCAUCUAGAGAGGAAAUCCAGACUGAUUCCACAUACAGACAUCUUACAAACUGAUGUGGUUGAUGCACUGGGAUGUUCCACAAUACGAACAUUGGGGAAAUCCCAAAUAAGACAGCUCCAGGUCAAGCAGUUCAAAAUUUGUACUAUUCUUGACCACAGUUCAACUACCCCUGAAAGUCAAGCAAGUAUUACAUAUUAAGUUUAUAACACCAGUUUAGUUUUGACGGACAAAGUUUUAAAGCAUCCAGUGCCUGCUUUCACAAAGCCCAGUUAGCAUUACAUGCACAUAACUACCAUGACAACGAGCAUUUUAGGCAUUACUUAAAAAUGGUAGUUACCUGCUAUUAACAUUAAGACCAGUUUGUGCCGAUGGACCAGAAAGAUAAGGAUUAGAAAGAUAUCUCUUCUAAUUAAACUAAUUUCCAUAUGGGAGACAUUUUGGAAUAGCUUAGAAAUCUAGUUUGGGUUGUUCAAAACCAUCUUUAUUAUUAAUAAAACCUAAAACUAGAUUUAACGUUAAGCCAAGUCUUUGAUUUUGUACUCAGCCAAAAUAAUUGUGUAAUUGUGUGAAAAAUUGUUCACUGCAUCGACAACCAAUUAAAUCAGUAAAUGAAGCACUCUCAAGCGCUAAUCAAUUUUUACGUGACUUCAGAUCAACUAAUAAUGCUUACUCAGUGAAAGCACAAUUGUAUUGUAUUACAUAUUUAAUCAGAUGAUAGUAAAUGUUGAAGAACUUACAAACGGAAGGAGCUUUGUCCUUAGUAAGGUUUUGGCCCACAGACAUUGACACCCAUUUCUCAUGGCAAAUACAGCAAAAUUUUACAUGCAGUAGGUUAAAUGACAUAAAGUGUAGGUACCAUGAGCAGCCAAAGACCAUAACCAGACAAAAGUCUCCAUUGGUCCCUUAAAACAGAAAGAUUUUCAGAAUGUGCUGUCAGGCACAAUGUAGUUAGAUUUGAAAUUUACUGCAUAUGCUUCUACUUGUAUAUGUAUUAUUUGUGAUAAUAUAAAUAUAGUAAAUGCCUAAGUUUUGGUGCAGCUGAAGUGAUAUUUCUGGAAUUUUGUGCCCAGAACAAAAAUGUGCAAUGAGAACUACUCAUUCAUUUAUACUGCUUUUAUAUACAUGUACAGUGUAUGGUAUAUCAGCUCGUGGCAUGACACAGUGUCCCGUUUAUCUCAACGGCAUAGUUCUUACAGUGUAGAAUGUUCUUACUGCGAAUGUAUCUGCUUGCACUUGUCAUCAUGUCACUUCACGCAUACUAACAGUACGUUUUGGUGUUACAUGCACAUGUAGUUGAAAAUUAUUUGAGUUCUUGCGAUAAUAUUUUCUGUUUUAAAAGAAGUUUCUUAAGUUGAAAUUCUUGCUACUCACACUUCCGACAUACAGUGUCAGCGUCAGUAUUUUGACUGGUUUCUCGAUUUUUUGUGAUGAUACAGUACAUACAUCAAAACUAGUAAUUACAGAAAUAACAGAGGUAGUAAUGCUGUUAAAAUGAAGGAUGUGGCAGAAAAAUUGAGGUCGGGAUAAAAUGACACAAAACAUUCAUGGUGAAAAAGUUGUUCUCCUCCCUUUGACGACAGACGCAGUUCUCUGUGUAUCUGUGCAAUCGUGGUGUGCCAAUAGAAAAAACAUUCAUGUUAAAACUGGCUCUUCUCAUCCUUCAAACUGUAAUACACAUAUACAGACAUGUCAGGUAUCAGUGGUAUAGACAUGUAUUUUGUUAUUUUUGUGUCACUUGUUUCAGGGUGUACUUUU